AUGCAAUUGUUCGGCCCCAUGUUGUUAGAGAGGGUACACACACGCAGUACACGGCGUACCACGAACAAAUAUGAGAACUGCUGUCGCCAGAAUGAUCACUUGACCCCAUUGCGCUACGAGACAUGGCGCGCCAACCAAAGUGCAAAAUUCAACCCGGGGCUCAAGUCUGAAGCUGAGGAGCAAUUGCUGAUGGCCUUCCUCGGACCACUUGGUAUAAGCCUCAAAUGUCCUCAGAGGUGGGCUACAAUACAUAUGCAUAGUAACCGACUUUGCUGGUGAGCUCGAGACAUGGCUGGUCGUAAUUUCGAUUUUGUGUGGCUGGAAAGUCAGCGCGCAAUCGAUUGUUACCUGAAAAUGAAAAUCACUUGUGCCUGCGCAAACCUCGCUGCGGGUUUCAGAACAACACUGCUUCUAUCCCCCGCGAGUUCAUUCCUCGAAAACAAAUGAUGUAGAGGGUUCAAGGAUGCUGUGUCGUACCGUUCGACCUAAAAGCGCAUCGACGUGACAAACGUAUUGUUUGUGACUUUUUUACUGGCUCUCCACGGCUUCAAUGGCCAAUGGCGCUCGCCAGGGUUUGAAUACAUAGUCUACCUAAU